GGGGGGUGCGACAAAACCAUUUCCUUUUUUUUCCCAUUUUGCAUCAUCUCUUUGGAGCAAAAAGAAAAAGCCCCUCAGACAGCCGUGCACAUUAGGUGAGGGGUGAAGCAGACCUGCAGCAGGAGGAGGAUGCACUAACUCCACUAACUCCACAUUCUGGACUCUGGACGCUCAUUUUGGAUUUAACAGCCAAAAAAUUGACGCAAUUCUUCCCUCUGGAUAAUCUGGAAUAUAGACUGGAUUUGCACCCUGGAAGUAUUUCCUAUUUCACAUAUAGAUAUCAUCAACUUGGAUUUGGAGGUAAUCUGAGAAAGUUUUGGAGGAAAACUUUCCAAAGCGAGUUUUGAGCAGAAGUUUUCCAGAUGUCUCUGCUGGUGCAGACAGUGUCUGUCUAAUGAAACACAUUCUCACCACAAAGACAACAAAAAAGUAGCUUGCAACUCUUUUAUUUUGGGCAAUAAAUACAUUUGCAUAACUUUAUUCUGCUCUUUCCUCUGGGAUUUUUCAUCCAACACUCCAAUUGGAAUAAAGGGAUUUUUUUUUUUAAUACUUUUUAUGCUGGAAAUAACAACUUUUUCUGGAAAUGGUCGGACCCAACAUAAAGAAGCCUUUUUAAUCACUAAGAGUCCGACGUUAUAAUGAAAAUGUUAUUUCGCUGAAGUUGUUGGAGAACUCAUAAGUGGAGCCCCAAUGAGUGGCACACAGUCUACUCUCACUGACAGGACCCCAAGCAUUCUCAACAAGGAGCCCACAGACAAGAAAGCCAAGAAUGAGAAAUCCCCCGUCUCACUCAAACAUGAGUUUGACCCCACAGGUCUUGUGCAGCGCUGUGUGAUAAUCCAGAGAGAUGAAAAUGGCUUUGGGCUGACUGUAAGUGGAGACAACCCAGUGUUUGUGCAGCUGGUAAAGGAAGAUGGAGCUGCAAUGCGAGCCGGUGUUCAGACAGGAGACAGGAUCAUUAAGGUUAACGGGACCUUGGUCACACAUUCAAACCACAUAGAGGUUGUGAAGCUGAUCAAAUCGGGUUCCUAUGUAGCGCUGACGGUGCUGGGGAGGCCUCCAGGGCUUCCCAACAUCUCCCUGGAGGACGAGGAAGAGAAGGAGGAAGGGGCGGAGGUCGGCUCACCGUCUUCUCUCUCAACGCCCCACUCACCUGCAGUGCCAGGUGGGGAGAGACGCAGCCUCCAGGAGAACAUCACCUCCUCUCUGUCUGAUGGGGAUGAGAACAAAACCACGCACAGCCAGACGGCAGACAUCCUGCAAAAGAUGCUAAAAAAGGAGCAACAGGAGCUACAGACAAAGGAGGAGGAGUACAGCAGGAACCCUCGGCCCAAACUACUGAAGGAGGUGCAGGAGGCUAAGAAGCACAUUUCACUUCUGCAGGAGCAGCUCAGCAGAGCAGCAGCAGCGUUACAGGACGAAGCCACAGCGUCCAGGAACGGUGACGCGGAGGAGGUCGGCCAGAUCCCGUCCUCACGGGGCGACGGCAGUAUCGACGGGCCCUCGACCAACAAUAACUCUAUGCACAGCAGCCCCCUCACAGAGGGUCCUGGUAAAAGAGAAACGCCCUGUCAAAGCCCGGACGUCAGCCGGCGAGACGGCCUCAACUUCUGCCCAUCGCCCAACUCUGAGGACGCCCCUGAUACUGACUCCAGUGCCCAGUGCAUUGUGGGUAGCCCUCCCUACCUCCUCCACCCCCAGAUCAUCGGAGCAGAAGACGACUACUUUGACUCUCAGCAAGAACAGAUUGAUGGACUGUGUAGCUGUUUCCAGAGUAUAGACUUGCUGAAGUCUCGGCCGGCUCACCUCGCAGCCUUCCUCCAUCAUGUUGUCUCGCAGUUUGACCCUGCACCUUUGCUCUGUUAUCUCUAUGCUGACAUGCACAAGCAAACCAGCUCCAAAGAAAGCAGACGCUUCUUCAUGGAGUUACACUCGCUCUUUAUGGAUCGAACAGCUAAUCUUAAAGUACCGGUGCCAGAGACCGUCUCAACUGAAUUGGAGAAGCGGAGGGUGGAGUUAAUCCCAGAGGAGCUCUGUAAACAGUACACCCAGACGUUACAGGACACACUGAUACCAGACCUGCUCAGAAACCUGGAGGACUUCAGACAGAAGCGCAGCAUGGGUCUGACUCUGGCCGAAGACGAGCUGUCCAAGCUGGACUCAGAGGGAGGAAAAGACCAGCAGGCCCUGGAGAAGGAAUGCUCCUGUGCUGAACACAUCCUCUCCAAGAUCGACGAUAUCCUGUUGACUUCACAGCCCACAGAAGAGGAGAAGUGCCAAACGAUGCAGUAUGUGAUUCUCACCUAUAUGAAGCACCUCGGGGUGAAAGUGAAGGAGCCUCGAGGCCUCGAACAGAAACGAGCACGCAUCAAUUUCCUGCCCAAGAUUAAGAAAAGCAUCAAGCCUGAGAAGGACAACGAGGAGAAGGUGAAGAAGCCUCGGUUUCCCAACAUCCUCGGGCCGCCUCGGCGUCUGAGCAGAGUGGACUCCACUUCAGUCGGUAAAGCCGUGGAGAUCAACAAGCAGCGUUCACCGAAGCAGCUCCCUCAUCCAGCCGUCAGCAUCCCUGAGCAGCCCGACUCUUCUGCCUCGAGUUCGGGUCGGAUCCGUGGGAGUCAUCCCAGUGAGGGAUCGGACGCCGGCACUCAGUCCGUUCCUUCCACCGGCAGCAGCAGCACCUCCCCCACUCACAGCUCGCCCACCGGUCAGGCCUCCGAUACCAGCGGACAAGACUCCGACUCCAAUGUCUCUCCGUUCUGCAUCCUGCCCAGACUGGGUGAAGGUCUUCAGCCUGGAGACCACCAGGACGCCGUCUCCAGUCCGACCAGCACUCAGUUUGACUUCAGCCCCUCCAACCUGGAGCAGUUACAGGAGGAGGAUCAGGAGACUUUCAGGAUAGAUCUUCAGUGUCCGGUGACUUCAGCCGACCUCCAGAGUGAAGACGACCAGACGGGUGAGAUGGAGUGUGAAGAGAACCCUCUGAACUGGCAGAGUCUGGUCAGUCGAGGCGUCCUGGCCAGCUUAACGCCGCAGGAGAUCAAACGGCAGGAAGUCAUCAACGAGCUGUUCUACACGGAGCGGGCUCACCUGCGGAUGCUGAAGGUGAUGGACUGUGUUUUCUACCAGCGGCUGAACAAACAAGGGUUCCUCCCCCCCGAGGACAUCAAGCACAUCUUCAGCAACCUGGAGGAAAUCAUUCAGCUGCAUGUUUCUGUGACGGAGCAGAUGACAGCCAUCAGGAAGAGGAGCGAGACGUCGGUGAUCGGUCCGAUCGCAGAUGAUCUCCUGGCAUGGUUCAGCGGGGAGGAAGAGGAGAAGAUAAGACGAGCAGUGGGAACUUUCUGCAGCAACCAGCCGUCAGCGCUGGAGCUCAUCAAGAGCAGGAAGAAGAAAGACCAGCGGUUCACGUUGUUCAUGCAGGAGGCUGAGAGCAACCGUCGGUGUCGCAGGCUGCAGCUUAAAGACAUCAUCCCUGUAGAAAUGCAGAGAGUCACCAAGUACCCGCUCCUACUGGACAAUAUCGCCAAGUACACAGGAGAUGCAGACGAGAGGCUAAAGGUGAAGAAAGCUGCAGAUUGUUGCAAAAAGAUCCUGAACCACGUCAACCAGGCUGUGAAAGAGGCCGAGAACAAACAGAGGCUGGAGGAUUAUCAGAGGAGAUUAGACCUCUCCUCUCUCAAACAAAAUGAAAACCCCAUGAUCCUGGAGCUGAGGAAUCUGGACCUGACCAAGAGGAAGAUGGUGCAUGAAGGACCUCUGUCCUGGAAAGUCAAUAAAGACAAGACAAUUGAGCUGUACACCCUCCUCCUGGAGGACAUCCUGGUUCUACUUCAGAAACAGGACGAGCGUCUGGUCCUCAAGUUUCACGGGAAGAACCCGGCGAGUGCCGCCGACACCAAGAACAUCUUCAGCCCCGUCAUCAAGCUCAACACGGUCUUGGUUCGUCCAGUGGCGACCGACAAUAAGUCUUUCUUCGUGCUGUCCAUGUCGGAGAACGGCGCUCAGAUCUACGAGCUGAUGGCUCAGACGGUGUUCGAUCAGAGAGCGUGGCAGUGUCUGAUCACACAGUGUGCUGACGCCAUGAAGGCCAAACCUCACAACAGACACGACACGCCUCCAGCUCAGUCCGAAGCUGAGCGAGACGCUUUAGAGAUCAUCAAACGUGAGAUGCCGAAGGAGAGCAAAGAUCCUAACGUCAUACCAAGUGGAAGCAUCGUUUCUUCAGUACUAUCACCCUCAGAAUCCAAGUUUCAAUGCCUCCCAGAUAAAGAUGCCGCCUCGUCUCCAGACAUUCAAACGCCACCGAGUAACAACCCGUUCGACGACAUGAAAUCAGAGGAGGAGGAAGAGGAGCUGGCCGCUGCAGACAGACGGGAGGACGAGGAAGAGGACGAAGAAGAAGAGGUGGAUGAAGCAGAGCUGGAGGCCUUUCUGGACGGCCAGCUGGCAGACGGACUGCCGUUCCUGCAGGAAGUGUCAGAUCCGGGCAUCGCCGAUGGAAACCAAGAGAACAACGCAUUCUGCAAUCCUUCCUCUAAAGGCGAAGAGGCUCUCAGGACAUUGGCGAUGCUGAAGCAGGCUCUUUUCAGCCACAUGAUAAGCAGGGAGGGAGAGGAGGAGAAAGAGGAGACUCAGGAGGUUGGAGCCCUCGGGUGUCAGCUGCCCGGGAGCCCUGAUGGGCCCCAUGAGAGCCGAGCCUCUGCAGGUUCACAGAAAGAAGACCCUCAGCUCCCUGCAGGGAACGCAGAGCUGUGUGAGACGACUGAACGCAACGGAGGUUUCGUGGUUCUGGAUUUCUGCGGGGGCUCCGAGGAGAGCUGCACCGAUGAUGAUGGAGGAGUCGGAGGCGACGUGGGGAUCGACAUGAGGAAACUGCUGUCCUCCUCCUCGCAGGCAGGGGGUGGUGGUCCAAACCUCAGCAGGCAGCUUAUGACCCACCUGCGCCUCCUACAGGCCGACCUGCAGUAUCUGAAGGAAGUGGAGAUGAAGUACAACGAACUGCAACCGACACACAGUGACACAGCUACUGACUCCGAUGAAAACAACGAUGGGACUCAGUGAUGACCGAUGACUUACUUCUCUCCCGAGUUUCAUGCCACUCCAUGAUCACUUUCUUCCGGAUGAAUAUUUCACUAUUUAACACUAGUGUCACCGAAUAAUGGAGACAUCAGGAAUUUGUCAGUGGAAGACGUUAUCAUCAUUAUUAGGAAUGUUUCACUAUAAAGAGGAGAGACUCUUUUUUUCUUUUUUUUUUUGCUAUAAUAUUAAUCAACUGCAUAAUUUAUCUUAAAACACUGGAUUUAUGAAAUGAAAAAUGUUGCCUGUGUGAAGUCACACGGAUGAACAGCAGAGAUUAAGAGACAUUAAAAGAGACAUGAAGAUUGCAACCAGAAUGAUUCUCUGAAGGAUGGAGAAGGUAGAUUGUCUCGUUCAGGACUCACUGCUGUAAGCUUGAUAUAAACGUCUGCAAUAAGUCAUAAGAGAAAACCUCUUCUGUACAUAUUCAGUUCAACACGCCACAUAGAUGAACAUGCUUGCAUAUAGAUUUACUUAUCUUGUAAAAGCCUUGAAGAGCAACCGUUAAAAUGCCAAAAUGUCCUCUCACUCCACGCAUUAUGUUUUUAAAUUCUGCAAUAUUCACUGUAAAGUCCAUCCCCAAAUGUCUUUGUAUGUCUUUAGCCUAGCUUAGCAUAAAACUGGAACUAGUCUUACCACCACCACUAAAGUUCAGUAAUUAACAUCCGAACACAAACAGAAAUUUAAAAAUGAAUUUUAGGGGGAUUUGCUAGCUGGUGCAAUUUUUUUUGACAAACAAUGACUUUCAAGAGUCUUGUGGUCACAGUGAGGUUGCCAGGUUUGGUGUGGAAACACUACGUUGUUGCGUUACAUUAUUGAGUUACAUUAUUGAGUUACAUUAUUGCGUUACUUUGUUGCGUUACUUUGUUGCGUUACUUUGUUGCGUUACUUUGUUGCGUUACUUUGUUACCAGGCUGAUAUGAAACCAUGGAACCAGAAACAUGGACAUUUAACAUAUCUGCUGUUUGCAAAAGUAUAAAUGGCAAAAAAAAAUUGGUCCGACUGGGUUGUAAACUUUCUGUACGUAUUAUUCUGAAUAGUGAGCUUCAGAGGUGUCUGUAGGUGUAACUUUAACAGGCUAGCUGGUUCCCCCUACUUCCAGUCUUUGUGCUAAGCUAAGCUAACCCUAUUCUAAAUCCACAUGAUAGUGAUAUCGAUCUUCUUGCCUCUCGGAAAGAACGCAAAUAAAUAAGCAUAUUUCUCAGAAUGGUUUAUUUGUUAAGAAUUCCUUCAAGCAUGUAAAAAUACCAUUUAAAAAUAGUUAUGAGAGGCUUGUACAUGUAAAAUCUCAUAAAUUGUCCAUGUUGAUACACUGAACAUCAUUUAUUUGGGGACUGGCCGCAAAGUUCAUUCAGAAAUGUGUCCUAUUUGCAAGAACUGUUUGUUUAUCGGUUGUCCUCUUGGUUUGAAUGUCUGACUUUAAGGUCCCCGAUUUUAAAUUUCCUAUAGCACUUGAAUGUAGCAUAACAUAGCAAACAUAGAUCCAGAUCACUGCCUGUUCAUAAUGACCUAUAAACAAACAAUGCAGAAUGAUGAGCUGACAGAUGGAGGCAGAAACAGAAACUCCUUGUACUUUGGUUUCAUGCAGUAUGAGAGCAGAAAGAAAUUAUUUGGUAAAUAGCCCUUUAUUUCCUAUCAGUUUUAUCAUGAAUGCAGAUAGAAAACACACUUCAAUCUUUAUCAAAAAUAUUUCUUAAGUCCUCAGUUGGAAGAACUGCAGAAACCUGCAGCUAUAAAAAACAAUGAUUGUGUGUCACUGUUGGAGUUUUGUUCUUGGAGCACAUUACACCAUAUAAACAAGCUCUUCACAGUCUGUGCACAUGUGAAUUUAUUGAAUUUAAUUUGAUUGUGGAAUUUAUUCUUAAUUUGUAAUCCAGAGUUUUGCUUUUGAUUUUCAUCAAACAAAAUGUUAUUCCCCUGAAAUAUUGUGAGUAGUUUUUUUCCAGUAUAAUUUCUGCAACUGGCUUCUCAUAAACACCAUUUUCAGCUUGUGACAGCGGCCUGUUUUCUCUUUAAAGGUACAAAGAUUCACUCAUCAAACCUUUACACUUCACUUUUAUGGUUGGACUGAAAGGACUCAAAUAUUCACUGGCCACUAGACUGCACAGACGAUUUACGGUUUUGAUUUUGGAUGAAAAACAUGAAUAAGAAAAAGAAAAAAAACCUAAAAAGAAUAUAUAGAUAAAAACAUAUUGUUAUGGACUGUUUGCUAUGUAAAGAAAUAUAAUGUACAAUUAUGAA